AUGGGCAGACAUGGAUGUGGAGAAUGCAAUGAAAAUGGUGGACUUUUAGUAGAUUUAUGUGGCUUGAAUGAUCUAGUUAUUGGAGGUUCCUUAUUUCCACACAAGGACAUUCACAAGCUUACAUGGAAUUCACCAAAUGGCAGGGACCAAAACCAGAUAGACCACAUAAUUAUAAAUGGAAGAUGGAGAAAGUCUCUGAUGGAUGUCUGUGUCAAAAGGGGAGCCGAUUGUGGAAGUGACCACCACCUUCUACUUGGGAAAAUUAAACUUAAACUGAGAAAGGUAGCCAGACCACAGCAUAACAGAAAAAUAUAUAACAUACACCGCCUCAAAGACAAUCUGAUAAGACAAAAAUUCAACAUCAGCAUAAGAAACCAAUACCAAACACUACACACUAUCAGUGAAAACCACGACAACAUUGGUCCCGAUCUAAACGAACAUUGGAACAAAGUAAAAACUAUGUUUAACGAUACAGCUGAAAAUGUACUUGGAAUUAGAGACAGUACAAGGAAAAGGUGGAUUUCAGAUGCAACCUGGAAUGUUAUUGAAAAGAGAAGAUCUACAAAAAGCAAGUGCAAUCAGGCAAGAUCAGAAAGGUUGAAAGAAAAGCUUCAAAAAGAAUACUCAGAGCUAAAUAAAGAAGUUAAGAAAAAAGCUAGAGAAGACAAAUUACAAUACAUUGAAGGAUUGGCAAAUGAAGCAGAAGAGGCAUGCAAACAUGGAGAACUAAGUACUGUAUAUAAGAUCACUAAACAGCUAUGUGGUAAAAGUAACAACAAUGACACACCAGUUUUAAGCAAGAAUGGAGAGGUAAUAACAUCAGAAGCACAGAAACUUGAAAGAUGGGCAGAGCACUUUCGGGAAGUUCUGAACAGAGAACCACCAGACAAACCAGCUCAAUUUGAUAACACCGAAGACAAGAUCGAAAUUGAUAUAUCAGAAGAAAAAAUUGAACUUGGUGAAAUAAAGAAAGCAUUAUGCAAGCUAAAAAAUAGUAAAUCAGCUGGAGUAGACAACAUCAGUGCAGAACUCCUUAAGGCAGAUGUGGAAACAACAGCAUCAAUACUGCAAACACUAUUUAGCAAAAUAUGGGAGGAUGAAAUUAUACCUGAAGACUGGGAAGAGGACUACUAG